AUUUUCGGUCAGUUCACACGUCAGCAACAAUCCAGGUAUCCCGGAAAGUGGCUAAAAUCAGCAGAAUAUCUGAAAGUACUGUACCCUUUUGACAUGGCAAUAACAGCGGAUCACAUCAAGGAUAAGCUUACAAAGGAGCUCGCGGCAGUGCACGUGGACGUGGAGGACACAUCACCCAACAGAUGUGCUACCAGCUUCAAAGUCCUGGUGGUGUCGUCCCAGUUUGAGGGGAAGCCUCUGUUACAGAGACACAGGAUGGUGAACGCGUGUCUGGCCGAGGAGCUGAAGGAAAUCCACGCCUUCGAACAGAAGACGCUCACACCGGAGCAGUGGGAGAAGCAGAGGUCGCCAUGAUCCCAACAUUCCUGAUGUCUCCGAUGUUAUUUUCCCUACAUGAGGAAACGGAGUCAUGCUAGUCUGCUGUACAAUAAAAACAUCUUCAUGCUG